CAAAACUAAAAGCAGGAGUGACUUAUACUGGCAGGAAGCUCUAACUCUUAAAGCUUUCCAAGGAUCUGUGAAGUAAAAAAGAACUGCUAACUUCUCCUCAUUGGAUGUUUAAUUUGACUUUAACAAUACUUAUUUCUUCAAACCUAGAAGGCCCUGAAGUUACACGGACGAAUAUUGAUUGAAGAGAGGCUUCAGCAUGAAUUGUUCCACUUUGCUAUGUCUCAUGCUGACAGUGGUUCAGCUUUGGCUUUGCUCUCCAACCACACAGAACCACAGUGCCCAAAACACAGAUCAGUCUUUCACAACAGUUCGAAGAGUAAAGCGUGCCUGGAUAUGGGAGCCACUUUUUGUAACUGAGGAACAGACCUCAAGGAUGCCUGUGUAUGUUGGACAGCUGAAAUCAGAUUUAGACAAACAGGAUGGCAACUUACAAUACAUUUUGACUGGGGAAGGAGCUGGAAGCAUUUUUAUCAUUGAUGAAUAUAAUGGCAAAAUUUAUGCGAUACAAAAGGUGGAUCGAGAAGAGAAACCCUUCUAUAUUCUAAGAGCACAGGCACUUAACAGGAACACUCGUCUUCCUGUUGAACCUGAAUCAGAAUUUAUUAUCAAGGUUCGAGAUAUCAAUGAUCACGAACCACAAUUCUUGGAUGGACCUUAUGUGGCUACUGUUCCAGAGAUGUCACCUGAAGGUACUUCAGUUGCACAGGUAACAGCUACUGAUGGUGAUGAUCCUUCUUAUGGGAAUAGUGCCCGUCUGAUUUACAGUCUCAUUCAGGGUCAGCCUUAUUUCUCUGUGGAGCCAAAGACAGGGGUCAUCAGAAUGGCCUCCCAAAUGGAUAGAGAAACAAAAGAUCAGUAUUUGGUCAUCAUCCAAGCCAAAGAUAUGGUUGGACAAGCUGGGGCAUUUUCAGCAACAGCUACAGUAACCAUCAAUCUCUCUGACAUGAAUGACAAUCCACCUAAAUUUGAAGAGAGACUAUACUAUUUGAAUGUCUCUGAAGAUGCUCCUGUGGGCACUACUGUAGGCAAAAUCAUGGCAGAAGACAGCGACAUAGGGGAGAAUGCAGCCAUGCACUAUUUAAUUGAAGGAGAUAGUUCAGAUGUUUUUGACAUCAUUACUGACAAUGAGACUCAAGAAGGAAUUAUCUUAUUAAAAAAGAGAGUGGAUUAUGAAAGCAAGAGGAGACACAGUGUUAGCAUUAAAGUUGUAAACAGAUACAUUGAUGACCGUUUUCUGAAAGAAGGACCAUUUGAAGACACAACUACUGUCAAAAUCAGUGUGCAAGAUGCUGAUGAACCUCCAGUUUUCAACUUGCAGAACUAUGUGAUGGAGAUAGCUGAAGGGGUUGCAAAUGGCUCAUUGGUAGGCGUUGUUUCUGCAAGAGAUCCAGACAAUGAUGACAGCCCAGUCAGGUAUUCUAUUGUCCAAGGCAUGCAUUUAAAGAGAUUGUUCAGCAUCAGUGAACACAAUGGAACAAUCAUUACAACUGAACCUCUGGACCGAGAGAUUGCUUCUUGGCACAACAUAACUGUUACAGCCACAGAAACCAGAAAUCCUGAAAAAAUUUCAGAAGCAAAUGUAUAUAUCCAAGUUCUUGAUGUUAAUGAUCAUGCACCAGAAUUCGCUAAAUUUUAUGAAACAUUUGUUUGUGAAAAUGCAGUUUCUAACCAGCUAAUUCAGAGCAUCAGUGCAGUGGAUAAAGAUGAUUCAGAAGAAAGUCAUCAUUUUUACUUCUCAUUGGCUCAGGAAGGUACAAACAAUUCACGUUUUACCGUCAAAGAUAAUCAAGAUAACACAGCUGGAAUUUUCACAGCAAAAAGUGGUUUCAGUAGACAAGAACAGUUUUAUUUCUAUUUGCCAAUAUUAAUUCUGGAUAAUGGAUCCCCACCACUUACGAGCACAAAUACUCUCACUGUCACUGUCUGUGACUGUAACACUGAAGUGAACACCUUCUACUGUCGAUAUGGAGCUUUCAUGUAUUCCAUGGGUCUCAGUACAGAAGCUUUAGUUGCUGUUUUGGCUUGCAUACUAAUACUCCUGGUGUUUUUUUUGGCAAUUGUAGCCAUAAGACAGCAGAGGAAGAAGUCUCCCUUCUCAGAGAAAGUGGAAGAAUUUAGAGAGAACAUUGUCAGGUAUGAUGAUGAAGGAGGUGGUGAGGAGGACACAGAAGCUUUUGAUAUUUCAGCACUGAGGACCCGCACGGUUAUGAGAACAUGCAAACCUCGAAAGAACAUCACCACAGAAAUCCACAGCCUCUACAGACAGUCUCUGCAGGUUGGCCCUGACAGUGCCAUCUUCAGGCAAUUUAUUUCAGAAAAGCUUGAAGAAGCCAAUACAGAUCCUAGUGCUCCUCCAUACGACUCACUUCAGAGAUAUGCAUUUGAGGGGACUGGCUCUUUGGCAGGAUCUCUCAGCUCCUUAGGCUCAGACAUGUCAGAUGUGGAUCAGAAUUAUGACUACCUUUCAGACUGGGGACCUCACUUCAAACAGAUUGCAGGAAUGUAUGCUUCUCAUAGAAGUGCAAGGGAUUAGUUACUGUUUGCUUUUUUGUUUGUUUCUUUUUGGUUUUGUUCUUUCCUAAAUGCUCAGCAACCAAAACCAACUCAUUUUUUUUAAAAAAGAAAAAAAAAAAAGAUCAUCCCACAUUUAUGCACAAAAAUAAAGUCCCAAGUCUUGAAUGUAAAGAUCUUGUGAAAAAUCAUACAAAUUGUCUCAUGAAUUGAGGGAACAAGACGUCUCCAUUUGAAAAUCUAGUGUCUAUUUCGGUGCCUGAAUGCAAAUUGUGCUGCUUUGGAUAUCAAAGUCCCAUUCUGGGUACAGAAAAUCUGGGUUCUGCAAGUGCAGAAGGCCACAGAAGCCAAAUAGAAAUGAUAAAUAGAAUUGCAAAUAUUCUGCCAUUCAUAAGCUUUAUACAGUUACCAAAGUUAAGACAGACUUUUGCUGUGGCAGUUGAAUAUAUUCAUUAACCAAAGUUAAACAUAUAUAUUUGUAUAAUGCUUCAUAAUACAAAUAGACUUAUGUGAAAAAGUAGACCCUAGAUAUUCUAAUACAAUUGUCAGAAGCAUUUAAAUGAAUCAUUUAUUUAUUGUUCAUAGGAUGAUAAAACUAAAACAAGUCUCUUUUCAUAUAAGUGUAAAAACAAAAUAAUGAUGUAUUGCAAUAAAACAAUGAUGUAUUGCAACAACAGCAGGUAUUUGAUACUAAUUUCUUUAAUGGAACUGUUGGGAAAUGCAUAAACCCAAUAAUUAAUUUAGCAAAUAAGAUGGAAGGAAGGAGGGAAGGAGGGAAGGAAGGAAGGAAGGAAGGAAGGAAGGAAGGAAGGAAGGAAGGAAGGAAGGAAGGGAAGGAGGGAGGGAGGGAAGGAAGGAAGGAAGGAAGGAAGGAAGGAAGGAAGAGAAAGAGAAAGAAGGAAGAGAG